GCUUAAUCGCUCCCUGCUCAGACAUCAUAACAUCUAUCCAGAAACAUGGCUUUGAGACGAGCUCUGCAUUUCGUCUUCAAAGUUGGUGACAGGACCAAAACAGCCACGUUUUAUCGAGAUGUGCUGGGCAUGAAGAUUUUACGCCAUGAAGAGUUUGAGGAAGGCUGCAAAGCGACGUGUAAUGGCCCUUACGAUGGAAAAUGGAGCAAGACAAUGAUUGGCUUUGGCCCAGAAGAUGAUCAUUUUGUAGCUGAACUGACCUACAAUUAUGGAGUGGGGGAGUAUCAACUCGGAAAUGACUUCUUGGGACUCACUCUGCAGUCGAGCCAGGCUGUAAGCAAUGCAAAGCGUCUGGGAUGGCCUCUCACUGAGGUAGGAGAAGCUCUGUACCUGACACAGGCUCCAGGAGGGUAUCCCUUCUACCUGCUGGACAAAGAGCAGCCUCCCAAUGACCCUGUGCAGAAGGUUUGUCUCGGAGUAUCAGACCUCCAGAGGUCGACCCACUAUUGGACUACACUCCUGGGAAUGAAGGUGGUGGAAAAGAAUGAGGACAAGAAAACAGUGCUGAUGGGAUUUGGAGACACUCAAUGUAAACUGGAGCUUCAUGAUAUCUGUGGGACCGUAGAUCAUGGAACAGCAUUUGGCAGGAUAGCAUUUUCAUGCCCACGGGAGCAACUGCCUGACCUUGAAGCUUUGAUGAAAAAGGAAAAUCAAAAAAUUCUCACCCCAUUAGUCAGCUUGGACACUCCUGGAAAAGCUACAGUAGAAGUGGUUAUUUUGGCUGACCCAGAUUGCCAUGAGAUUUGCUUUGUUGGAGAUGAAGCAUUCAGGCAGUUGUCCAUGGUGGAUCCCAAAGGAAAUGAAUUGCUUGAUAAGGCUAUGGCAGAAGAUAAAAGUGACGAGUGGUUUGCCAAACACAACAGGCAGAAAGCUGCUGCAUGAGAUGAAGGAGCCUGUCUGGAAAACUGUGCACCACCAAUUUCUCACUAGUUCAUGAGAGAUGCUGUACAAGGCACCUGUAGUGUAAAUCUUCCUCUUGUAAUGUCAACUCAAUUAUCCUUUGGCUUGCAGUGUAAGAUUUAUUCUGUUGAAGUAUGCUGUGAGGCACAGUGGUAUUGACAGCACUUAGUAAAAGGACCAUUUGUUAAGUUUGAUGGAUUUUCAGUCCAACUGAUUAUAGUAUUUCUCAAAAAGGCAGAGAGGACAAGAAAAUGUUUAUGUAAUGUGACUUGAUCUUUAAAAGUAUGGAAGAUAUCAUAUUGCUAGGUAAACCUGUUUGGAGGACCCUGAUGGAGAUUGCAGCAGGGCUCCAAUUAACCCCCACCGACCACCUUCUGCACAUCGUGUAUGUAUGAACCACUACUCCUAUGCAAGGCUGGAUUUCUAACCAGGGAGAAAAUAGAAAAAGUGUACACACUCCACAAAGUAGGAGGAACAGAAGGCUUAAUAGGGUCCCAGCAACUCAUUUUGCCCCUGGGUGAGACCAUGCUCCUUCUGUGGAGUAAUACUACCCAGCCCCACAAUUCACUGCACUCAGCUUGUUUGCAGUCAUUUGUAGCACCACAACAUUAGAUAGUAAUACAAGGUCUGUCUUUGUUGAUAUUAGACUUAAGUGGUGGAAACUUCUUUAUAAAAUUGCAGUUAAAGGACAGGUUCACAAUUUUUCAAGUGUGUCCUAAAACUAAUUGUGAACCCGUCUUUUCAUCAAAUUACCAAAGUUACCACUAACAUGCAGUGAAUCAUGAGCUUUCCAGGUCUGGGACCGGCAGGCAGGUGUUUGGAAAUCUAGCUGUUUGGUUUUGUAUUGUAUGGUGUGAAAUUUGCAUCAACAGCAUCAUGUUGUGAAAGAGUGCACUGCUUAUAGAUCAAUUCGCUCAGUUUACCGUAAAUCAUAUUCUUUGUAAAGUUAAACAAUAUUACUAAUAAAAAAUAAAUAAAUGCU